AUGGCCACUACCACCACCUCCACAUCCCCGACUGGCGGACCAGCAGUCUCCUUCCGCGACCUGGCCUACCUCCCCCUCGUCCGGUCUCUCACGACCGCCAUCAACAUCACCACAAAGGCCCAACAACAUGUCGCCUCCUCCUCUUCCAGCGACCCCUCUUCCCCCACAGAGGAGGACGUGGUCACCGCCCGCCUCGCGCCAGACAUGUACCCCUUCUGGCAGCAAUGCUACCAGCUCCGCAAGACCACCAGCAACGUCGUGCAGCGCCUGUCCGCGACCACGCCGGGCCCCGUGACCGACCCCGCCCGCCCAGAGGAAGGCACCAUCACCACCUUUGCGCAGUGCCUCGCCAUACUACAGGCCGCCCGGGAUGAGCUGGACCAGGCCGUGACCGACCACCCGGACCUGUUUGCCGACGAGCAGGCCCCCGCGGGCACGAGCGUGCAGUACGGGCCCCUGAGCCUGCCCGUCAGCAAGAAGGCGUACCUGGAGGGGAUGAUGGUGCCCAACCUCAACUUCCACCUGGCCAUGGUGUAUGCCAUCCUGCGCAUGAAGGGCGUCCCGCUCGGCAAGGUGGACUACAUGGGGCCGUUCUUUGCCGACUAUGUCGACAUGGACGAGGUCAAGAAGGAGAUGGCCGCGGCGGCGGCGGCGAAGCAGAAGGAGUAG